AUGUACUUUGAGGUAUGGAGCGUUUUCUAUCGAAUUCGCGGCAAAUUCCUCUCCGUAUAUCUGACUCUUGUCCGAGGCAAGUACGAUCCUCUGUUAGAAUGGCCGUUUGCCCUUGUAGUUUCCAUUACGCUUCUGGAUCAGAAUCCUGAUCCCAGCAAACGAUGCGACAUAUCAUAUCGUAUAGAUCCGCGAAAGAUCAGGGAGAAGACUGAGUUCUUAGAAAGGCCAUUACUGGACAAGAAUGGUUCGUUCGGAGCGCAAACCUUCUGUCGACUGGAAAUAAUGGAAAACUACAUAGAGGACGAUGUCAUGUUCCUCCAAAUCGAGAUCGGUGAAAGCAUUGAAGAAGAGGGUAAGAAUGGAAUUCCCGCAGAACAGCUGGAGUUAUUUGCACAGAAGCCACCAUGCACUCCGGACGUCCAUUCGGUGAUGUCGAUUCCACUAGUUUCGACACCGCGCGAGGACGGCCGCCUUCCGACUGCGAUGAAAAUACCGGAAGAGCGUCUAGCCAGUCCUUUAUCCGUCAAGAAGGUCUUGCCAUCACGAGAUUCAAUGUCCGAGCUUCCACCUUUGCCAGUGACAACCGACGGGCUACCAAGUGUGAGUACCACAUCGACUAGACCGCCUUCGAUGAGGUUGUCAAAGAAUGCCGUGGCUCCGAUGCCAGAAAUAUCUCCUUACGUAGUCUCGGAAAAGUCGGAGAUUCCUGAAAUAGUGGAAGAGAAGAAGUCCAAGUCAAAAGCAAGAUGA